AUGGCGUCGCAUUCGGAUAAAUUGUCGCACGAGGUCGCGCCUACGGCUGGGCUCACUGCAAAGGAUGUUCAGAUUGGGACGGAUUCUUUGCAGAACUCAACACCCUCAUUGCGAUCGGAGGAUCUUGUCCAGGGAGACUAUGGAAGCGACAGUCAUCAUGUCUUCUCCGAGCCGAAGGUUGCGGACUACUGGCGAGGCGUCUACGAGAAGGCUGAAUAUGAAGGCCGUCAUCGUUUCGAUCCAACCUUGACGUGGAGCGCAGACGAAGAACUGAAGUUGAGGCGCAAAGUCGAUUUUCGAAUCAUGUCCUGGUGCUGGGUCAUGUUCAUGGCACUGGACUUGAACAGAAGGAACAUCAAUCGAGCCAUUUCCGAUAACAUGCUCGAGGAGCUUGGUAUGGACACGAACGAUUUCAACACAGGUCAAACCAUCUUUCUUGUCUCUUUCCUGGCCGCUGAACUGCCAUCUGGACUCAUCUCCAAGAAGCUUGGACCCGACAUCUGGAUACCAUUCAUCAUCCUCGGCUGGUCCAUCACUUCGGCAGCACAAGCUGGAUUGACGAACAAGGCGGGGUACUAUGCUGUCAGAUGCAUCCUUGGUCUGCUCAUGGGAGGCUUCAUUCCGGACACUGUGCUGUACAUCACCUACUGGUACAAUAGCAAGGAGCUCCCGAUCCGUCUCUCAUGGUUCUGGACCGUGCUCAGUACUUGCAAUAUUCUUGGGUCCCUCUUGGCAGCUGGUAUCCUCCAGAUGCGCGGCCUUCAAGGCUGGAGUGGCUGGCAGUGGCUUUUUCUGAUCGAGGGAUGUGUCACUGCGGUUGCGGGCAUCGUGUCUUGGGGACUCAUGCCCGCUUCGAUCAGUCAAACCAAAGGCUGGGUCCGUGGAAAGAAUGGCUGGUUCACUGAGCGAGAAGAGAAGAUCCUGGUCAAUCGCCUGCUGCGUGAUGAUCCUUCCAAGGGUGAUAUGAACAAUCGACAAGCCGUCACGCUUGACAGAUUGUGGAAGUGCGUCAAGGAUUACGACCUCUGGCCCUUGUACCUUGUUGGUCUGACGAACUACAUUCCACCCAGCCCACCGCAGAACUACCUGUCUUUCAUCUUGCGACAAAUGGGCUGGAGCACUUUUGAGGCCAAUUUGCUCACCAUUCCGUCGCAAUUCAUGUUUGGUGUCAAUCUGCUCAUCAUCUCAUGGGUGUCGGAGAAGUUCAACGAGCGGGCCUUCAUCUCUUCGCUUUCGAACAUCUGGAUCUUCCCUUGGCUCGCGGCUAUUGUGGCACUUGGCGGCUCGGCUUCGGACUGGGUACGAUACGCUUUGCUAACUGGCUUGCUGUCGUACCCUUACUGCCAUGCUAUUGUGGUGUCAUGGAAUAGCAGGAACUCCAACUCAGUGCGAACGAGAGCUGUCUCUGCUGCGCUGUAUAACAUGUUCGUCCAAUCUGGCAACAUCAUCGGCGUCAACAUCUACCGAGAAAACGAUCGACCAUAUUACAUCCGAGGCAACAGAAUCCUUUUGGGUAUCUGCUGCUUCAAUAUUGUGUUGCUAUGGUUUGUCAAGUUCUAUUACAUCACGAGGAAUAAGAGAAGGGAAGCAGCUUGGUCGAAAUUAACGGGCGAGGAGAAGGUGGAUUACGUGAGGAAUACCAAGGAUGAGGGCGCGAAGAGGUUGGAUUUUAGGUUCUCACAUUAG